GUCUUUGAGUCACCUUAUUUGUCAUGGCGCGACCAUCGCGCGCCGGGCGUGAUGUGGUGGUUGGGAAAUCAACGGACCGGAAUGCAUGCCCCAACAUAGAAGUUUGGAGCUGCAGGCUCCGUUGGACAAUGAGAUCCCCGAUGCUUGAAGUGAAAAGUCUAGUAGUUGUGCCUACUUUGCGCUUUUGUGGGAAACGGAAGCUUUUAACUAACUUAAACGGAACUCCUCCAGGUCUCAGCCGGAACCGACACACAGACGGUUCCCCUGGCUCUAUGUUGGCCCCGCCCCCACAACGGCGCUACCUCGUUCUGUCACAGAGGUCUGGAACCCAGUCUCCUCCGAUACUCCUACACACGUUCUUUCCCUUUUUUAUCGUGUGCACACAGUACACAAGCGCGUUGUUCCGUUUGCCGGUGGCGCGAUUGCAGCUCGAUUUUUGCCUGAGGCCUGGAUGUUUCUCUAAGAAGUAGUUAGAAGCCAUGUAAACGUUUUCAAAAAGAUUAGCCGAGAAAGGAGUAGAAUAGGAAUGAUCUGAAACAUCCACUGAAAGUAGCAGCCGGCCAUGGCACUUCGCAUUGCUGUGGUAGACUUCACGCCCAUGAAGAGCUGCUUCAUUAGUCUGCCGGUGACCUGGGGUCAGGAGUUUCAGAGGAAGCAGAGCUAUAUAUUUGAGCUGCAGUGGGGGGACAGGGGCAGGGCCUAUGUCUCCUGGGCCGGAGAUACCGUCCGGCUGCCAGAGGGUCAUGCCGACAGGACGCCCAUGAUUCAAAUCAACGGUCUCUAUGGCAACAAGCUGGGUCUUUGCCAUGGGGAAGAGAUUUUACUUCAGCCGGUGCCAAAGGUCCACUCCUGCAGCAGGGUCAGCGUGGAGCCUGCCACAUCUGAUGAUUGGGAGAUACUGGAGCUGAACACCGGCUAUGUGGAGUCGAACCUAUUGAACCAAGUCCGAAUCGUCUGGACCGGUCAAAUCCUUCCCAUCUGGAUUGAGAAGAAAAUCUGCAUAUUCAUCCGAAUCGGUGCCACAGAUCCGCCUGCAUCCUGUGUCCAGUUGGAACCAAACACUGAACUCAUCGUUGCACCCAAGUCUCGCCGCAACCAAGCGCCCGCCGCAACCCCCGUCACAAACGCAACCCCUCACCCGAAUCAGUUGACGGGAAAUCCUGACAGGGAACACUCCGAGAGACGCCUGGACACAUCGCUCCCCAGCAGCUCCAGCAUGGGCUCCAUCAUAGGCAGCGUGCUGUCUGGCUUCACCAGCGACUACGACUCAGCGACGAGCCCAAGCGACACCACAUUCUCCACGGCCCGGCUGACGGAUGCCAGCUCCAGUGCGACCACUCCGAGCGAACCCUGGGACAUUCCCACAGAAGUGCUGGACAAAUCAAUACCCUGGUCGUACCGGUUCUGGCGUCGGAUACGAUCUGUCUUUGUGAGUGACGAGGCCGAACACAUCUCCAAGAUGGCGGGCGGAGACAUGGAGGAGGCCCGUCGCAAGAUGGCCGCCGAGUUUUGGAAGGACGUGAGGAUCAUUGCGCGUGUUCAGCCAAUGUUCGAACAUCGAGAAAGCUCAGUCUCCCGAGUCUCAUCUUACUCAGGUUUGCUAAAGUCACAAGACCCUAAGCAGAUUCCAACCUCCAAAAGGCAUCAUAUACAUGUAGCUCCAAGCAGCGCUGUGCCUGCAAGGCAGACGAGACCUAUGGAUUCGCCAGACUGUCCAAGUCUGUCCCCUGACACCCCUCGCGAUUCCUUCACAGGCUCCUCCUACACGCACCUCAUGCAGCCCACCACGGUCUACCUGAGCUCCAACUGCGAGACGGAGUUUGUCCGGCACCACGACUCCAACACAGACGAGCACCAGUGCCCCGUCAAUGAGUUUGUGACCUUCGUGGCCAACCUGGCCAAGCUGCCCUCCCCCCGGGAGAAGAAAGAAGAGGUCAACCGCAAGUUCCAGCAGACGCAGAGCAAGUACGAGAAGGCCAUACGGGAAGUGAUGGAGCAGCAGAAACACCCACAGAUGAACACCACCACCCCGACAGCCAAAGACGCCGCUGCGAAAGGCGAAGACUCCAGCCCGUCCUGCGUAGUGCGGGUCAUCAUCCACAGCAACGAGCUCAGGCAACACCAGAAUGGCCAGUCAGAGAACGUCUACUCUUCCAACACCUUCCAGAAGCAGGACAUCACCUGGUUCAUCCAGAUCCCCGACCUGCUGCGUCGGCAGUUGGGGCUAGAGUCAUCCGCUAAAGUAGAACUGCGACCGGUACUCAUCCCGCCAGUGCCCAUCCACAGCAUUUCACUUUUCCCGCUGUUUGACAAGCCCUCAGAUUUGACAGUGGAGGACCUAGUGUUUGCGUUUGAGUACUGGGUGACUUGCGUGAGCUGCAUGAUUUCCCCCAUACCCAUCCGACAGCACGGAACACUCCUGAGAUUUCCCAUUUCAAGAACUGGAGAUUUGCAUGGAGAGUUUCUCAUCUCCAUCAACGAGCAGGACAGGCUCGCCCCCUCGUCUUCCUUCCCCUCUUCACCCGACGACCCUGCCCCGCCCUAUUACCUCCUCCAUCCCCUAGUCGCUAAGAGAUGUCGAGCCGUUAUUCGGGACAAGAUCACCUCGACCAGCAAGCCAGCGUUCAUACCCAGGAUGCCCUCCUUGGAUGUAGCCCAUCUGGACAACAAAGUAGGCGGUUACAGGCUGCGAGACCUUGGGGGAGUUACGGGUUUGGGCCAACAGGCCAUCGACUACCUCAGCGCGGCGCUGAUGACGCGGCCAAUCAGCCGCUGCCUGGGCGAGUCCCUGCUGGGCUUCCUGCAAGGCGGCCUGCUGGUCUGCGGCCCCCGGGGCAGUGGCAAGAGCGCCCUCUGCCGCUCGGUCUGCCGGGAGAUGGUGCAGUGGCCCAGCCUGGCGCACGUCAGCGUGGUAGAGUGCAAGCCCUUGAAAGGGAAAAGAAUCGAGACGAUCCGCAAGAUCUGGGAGGAGGCCGUGAAUGAGGCCGCCUGGCGACAGCCUUCCAUCAUCCUAUUGGAUGACAUGGAUCACGUGACCGCCUCGCCGUUGGGACCAGAGCAGGAGAUAGGCCAGGAGGCGGUGUACCACACCCGCUUAGCUGACGUCUUGAAAGACAUUAUGAUGGCCGAGGUGAAAGAGGGAUCACGGGUCUGCAUUGUAGCCACCACAAGGUCAAAGGGCAGUCUCCACCAAUCACUGACCAGUUCAAGAGGCUGCCACCUGUUCCAGUGCUGUUUGGAAAUUCCCUCCUUGAGCAAGUCCCAACGUGUAGAGGUCCUCAACUCUGCCAUCCAGUCCAAAGUCGAGAUUGACCUACGGACGUUUGACCAGAUUGACUCUGACAAGCUGGCCGCACGGAUGGAGGGCUACGUGGCCCGAGACAUAGUGACUGUGGUGGAAAGGGCCAUCCACGCUGGCUGCUGCAGGGAGCUGGUGGAAGGCAGACCUGUCCUGCCCAUAGAACCAGUGAAGCAAGGCAAAGAUUCCGUCGGCAACGCAGACGAGAUUCUCCUGCUGCAGGAAGACUUUGAGGCCGCCCUGCACGACUACACGCCGGCCACGCUCCGGGACGUUCCACUGCACAGCGCGGGGGAGCUGGGCUGGCAGGACGUGGGCGGGCUGAGGGAUGUGAAGGAGUCGUUGCUGGAGACACUGCAACUGCCGGCCAAGUAUCCGUCGUUGUUUGCCAAUUGCCCCCUGCGUCUGCGGUCGGGGCUGCUGCUGUACGGCCCACCAGGCACAGGCAAGACACUGCUCGGGGGUGUGGUGGCCAAAGAAUGCGGUCUCAACUUCAUCAGCAUCAAGGGCCCAGAGCUACUGAGCAAAUACAUCGGAGCCAGCGAGCAGGCUGUCCGCGACCUCUUCGACAGGGCUCAGAGCGCACGACCCUGCAUCCUCUUCUUCGACGAGUUUGACUCGCUGGCCCCGAGGCGAGGGCACGAUAGCACUGGUGUUACCGACAGGGUCGUGAACCAGCUACUCACCCAAUUGGACGGCGUGGAAGGGUUACAAGGUGUGUACGUCAUAGGCGCUACCAGCCGGCCAGAUCUCAUAGACCCAGCAUUACUCAGGCCAGGGAGAUUGGACAAGUGUCUUUUCUGUCCCAUUCCAUGCUCAGAAGAGAGAGUGGAGAUUUUACAGGCCUUGUCCCGCAAGAUCCCCAUGAUGGAUGACGUAGACCUGCGCUCAAUUGCCCUCAAGUGUGAGCACUUCACAGGGGCUGACUUCAAGGCUCUCCUAUACAAUGCCCAGCUUGAGGCAAUCCACGGCACACUGUCCUACCCAGAGCCCCAAGACGGAGAAUACGAUUUGACCCCCCUCACCUCAAAGCAUUGCAGCAUGGGGGCAGACGACUGGAAGCUGACGUUCCUGGAGAGCUUCUCGGCCGAGGGCGACAGCUAUGACUUACCAGGGUCACCACGGCGACAGUCACGUCAGGAGAACGGUAAUUCCGCCGUCCGUUUCGGCUCCCCACAGAAGGAGCGGUCCAACACAAACUCAGACUCCAGCACCAACUCGGAGUUUGUCCGUGUCGACUUGCAGGAUGUGAACGGGAAUGCCGGAUCAGGGGAAGGGGGCUUCGAUGUACCCGGCAGGAGGUCAGAGGUGAAGGGUCACAGUCCGUCCAUGAGGCAGCUGGCCGCUGCAAAGCAAGGGAGGAGUCCUAGGCCGCACAUCAGUGACAUAAUUGCAGAUUCCAUUGAGAACGAGGAGGUUCCAGGCCCCAUGGAGGGGCCGCUAGAUCCACUCUACAGGGCCUCGGGGCAGGGGGCAGACCAGCCGCAAGUCAUCUACAUGCCCACCCUGCGAGACGGGGUGGUGGACCCCAGCCGGGAGAUGCAGGAGAAUAUCCAGUCACAGGUUGCUGUUAUCAAGCAGAGCUAUCAACAGAGAACAAGCAGAAAUCAGGGUUUCCAUGACAAUGGACCAAAACACACGGAUGGCUCGUCAGUGAUUCACAUCAGCCAGUUGCAUCUGCUGAGAGCAGCGGCCGACAUGAAACCAUCCGUCACCCCCAGCGAGAGGGCUAGAUACCAAAGCAUAUAUGACAACUUUGUGCAGUCACGAGGGGGCAACUUCAACCCAACACCCCAGCUGACAGGACAAAAGAGGGCGACAUUGGCAUGAUUGAACCAGAGCUUGUUGUAGAUAGACAGUUGUGACAAAGAAGGUCCACAAACAUGGACACAAAAUGGCUUCCUCAUGCAACGGCCUGCGUUACACGGGUGUUUCACCUGUGAACUGUGAUGUAGAAUGUGGAGUGGUCAUAAAGCAUUCACUGUUUGCCCGUGGACAUGAACAACACAAUGGAAUGCAUCUCAGCGGAUGCAUCCGUCUUUUCAGUGGAUCUGACUUUGCUCGGCUAGACUUGGAGUACUGCAGGAGUGAUCCAUGUCUCCGACUUCCCAGGGAAUGAAAUGCAUGAAUAUUCUAGUUUGUGUACCUUGUCAGUGCGAUGCCGUUUGCAAACAAGGAACAGCAGACCAACUGCAGGAUAACAUCCUCCAGGAUGUUGCCUGUGACAUUGGAAAGAAGCCUUCUCAAGGCAAGCACUUGGCGACACACCGUCUGUGUUGACAGUCUGAAGUCACACGUGUAUAUAAUGUCAUCACUGAUUUCCUGUGUGACCUUAAUGAUCCGAUUGGAUGAGUUUUAAUGAGUUCGUAACUUGCUAGCAACUCAAAAUUAGAGAUACCAUAGACUUGUACUUCCAUGACUUCAAAUGAUUACUUUUUCAAGGGGAUAUGGAGAAGCAGGAUUGAAGUGGAGUGGGCCUGCAGAGAUCUCCAAUGUAUGCAGCAUACGUCGAUCAAAGUGAUGUGUAAUUUUAAAAUGAGUUUGUUCAACAAUAUUCAAAUUUAUUUAUGUGUCCGCCAUUUGGCUGAUUGUUGCAAAAUAAGUUGGCUGUAUGUUGGAACAGUACUCUAACAGUGGAAAGUGUGUUAUAAAUUGAUUUUUGUUACUUUUGCAAUGCAUAGUACUGAAGUUAAUCAGUUUGAAUUAUAUGGCCUGUGCUUAUAUUUAUAUUUCCUACAUUAUUAGUCAGUCAGUGACUUAAGAGAAGUGCAGUUGGAAUGACUGUACGUAGUAUUGGCCCCCAGUAAUGGCCGAAACUGUAUCAGCUACAUUGUCCUUGACCUGUUAUCACACGGGGAUCACGCGGGGAUCACGCGGCUUCUGUCUUUGCCGGGGGCCCCUUUAAAUGUCGAUCAAGGAGGGAGUGGGUUUAAUCUGGCCGUUAAGGCUUUUUUCCCUACUCCAGAAGACAGUUUUCUUGGGUGAUAUGUCAUUUCUUUGCUUCCUCAAAACUUUGUAAAGAACGACCCCAAAGAUUACGGAAAGAAAUCCAGACGUGUUUUGCCCUCUCCCCCUAAAUGGUUUGGGACAUGUCCUUAGUAGCGUUUGUACUAUAAAAUAGCACGUGAUGGAUUUUCUGCAAUCAAAGUUUUAUGACUGUUGAUUUUUACCAGUUUAGAAUCAUGCUGACUUCUGCCUUCUGGUCCCCCACCUGCUUUAUGUACAUUUUUUCUCAGUAAGUCUUCGUCAGAUCUUGAGUAUUAUAUUUGAAUUUUAAGUGGCAAUACACAACUCAGUUGAUUUCUGAAUGAGCUUC